UCAGGGGGGCAGUGCCACCCCUCGAAAGAGGGAAUGGAAGGAGGGACACGCAGCAUGGGGACCAGGUGAGAUCUGAGAGAGGCUGCGGGCUGCUUGAUGGUGUGUACAGAUCCUGACUCUUGUUCCUGGGGAUGUCCGGAGCUGUGAAGGUGAGUGUCUUCUCUCUUGCCGGGGUGGGGGGAGGUUUCCACUGUAUGGGGGGCAUAGUAAACUGUGGGGUUUUCUUUCGGGGGAGGGGGGCCCUGACAGGUUUGCUGUAUGGGGCCCCAUGUUUUUCAAAAGCAGCCCUGUUGGUCGGUAUCAGGGUCUCUCUGUGGUGGCGGUGGGUGAUUUUUGUGUUGCCUAGGGCAUCACGCACCCUAAAUACAGCACUGCAUGUAAAGUGAGUAUAUGGGGGUCAGAGGGG